CGUUGAGUCUUCUGAUAUUAUUUUUGUUGUUGAUGGAAUGACGCUUUAGCGGGUGUUUACAUCGUAUUCUACGUGGCUGGGCCUCGGGUUUCACAAAUUCAAAGCAUGGAUUUUAAGUCCGGUACUCCGAGAAUGAUUGAAGCGAGGGAACCACAGAAAGCUCAAAGACGCACAUCAUUCUCCGCUGUAAAGGCAUUGCGAUUAAGAUCUCUUAGCAUUAGCUCUCAGAUCUCGAGCUCUUCCGAAACGGAUAUCUCUUCGCCCGUCACGACUCGCAGGAGGACUUUAACUAAGAAUCGCACAUUUGAGACGUUGAAGGAAGACCUAAUUCGAAGACCAUCCAAGUCAUCUACUGAGGAUAACACCGAACGGGCUUCUACUUCUACAAGACCCACAAGUCCGUCGGGCACUGGCAGUCAAUGCGCUAGCAUUUCCGGUGACUCCUUGACUGUUGUUAAGUCCGGUCCCCUCCAACCUGAGACAUCUCUCCUCAAAUCUAGAAAGGAAUUUCUAGUAUUAACGCCCUUAGCUUUGGUCAAAUUCAAGGGCCGUUCCUCUGCGGUUGAACGAUUCCCUCAAAUUUCUCCCUUGGGUGGUGCCGUUGAAGCCCUAUCUCCUGUUGACUCAUCUAGCUCAUUGAGAGAGUUGGGUAGCGGCGGGGAGCUACAUGUUCCACUGGAGAAAAUCGUGUCCGUUUUUAACAAUGAGGGGACACGGCCAUCGUUCGGCAUCGAAGUAUGGUGGAGCGAUCAAAAGGGAGCUGCAUUUGCAUGUCUCCAAUUGGACUUCAGCCUGCCAGAUGAUCGCGAUGAAUGGCUAAAGCAGAUCCGUCAUGCCAUCAAAAUACGGACCAAGUCAACUCUGGAGGAUUCAGUCCCAUCUGAUACUGAAAUCGUGUUAAGGCAAACGCUGGAGGCCCAAACCGGCAAUACGCAAGUGGAAAUAUUUCCAGUGAUUCCUCGGCGACCCUAUGUGAAGCCAAGGGCAAACUCGGGCGAGAUCAAGAAAGGGUGGCGGGAUAAUUCAUCUUUUUAUGUGGCAUUUACGAAAAAUUCAUGUUAUCUUGCUCAAUUCACCAAAUCCUCGGCUGGACAGAAAGUCAACCCAAGCCUAGUUAAAUUUGGGUUAGUGACGCUUUCAAAAGUCAACGUCAUUCUCAACGAUGAGAGGUUUGACCUCGUAUUUCGAUUACCGUUGGAGAAGCCAAGGAAACUCGAACUUUCCAGCCGGCAUCAUCGAAGCAUUUCGUCAAAAUUAUACAAGGCAGAUACUUAUCUGAAACCAGCUUGGCCAUUAUGGACUCGCCGUGAAGUAUUCUUCAUUGAUGGUGAGGCCCCGCAAAUGCCUCUUCCCAACGGGGAGGACUAUGGUGGCUUCAGGACUACCUUGGAAGCGUUCAUUCAUGGCUACAACUGCUCCCCGGUCAACUGGACAGUCAAGUGGAAGGAUGUGCGACAUCCUCCUCAAUUCUGCCUCCUUGCACCGAAGGAGAAGUCAAAAUACACUGCAUAUCAACUAUUGGCCGUCUUCCGAGCAUUGCGCUUCAAUGAUUACUUCAAGUCGUUGUCAUUCAAGGAUGUCGAUUUCUCUAGUCUCUCCGGCGUUUCUGAUAACUCCGCGCGACUUGAGUCAACAGUGUGGCUCUCUCGAACAGGCAAACGUAGCCUUACGAAGGUUGAAUUCGAACUUGUGGAAAAUUCUUCCGUCUUAUUUCAAGAAAUGGUAGCUCUUCUACUCGGAUCUGAGUCGAUUCGAGAUAUCGAUCUCAGUAACGUCUUGGCCAAAGAACCCACGGCACCAAUAGAGAACGGACAAGCUCUUCCAUCCCUUACUAACAGGGUAUGUGAAGUUGUACCACCUGUUGUACUACUCUGGAAAUCCUUACAGACUCGAUGCAAUUCGAUAAAUCUUAGCGGUAACCGUUUAGGUGUGCCUGACAUUGCAGGUCUCUCGCGAGUUCUGCAGAAUAGACCAGAUUUCCUGAAGGCAUUCUCUAUAUCACGGUGUCAUCUCGACGAGAAUGCACUUGUACUCCUUUGGGAAGGGCUACACGAACAACGCUCAUCUCUCGAAGUUCUUGAUGUAUCACAUAACUCGGGCCGUAUAGAGGCAGCAAAGGCCUCGGAAACGCUCAACGAUGCGAAAAGACUGCGCCGCUUGAACCUCGCAUAUUCAAUCAAGGGAAAUCUAAGCUGCGCUUUGUUCCGACCUUGGAGUGCAACAGCAAGCUUCGAGCCGUGGCAUCUGGAGGAACUAGAUCUCUCCGGUUGGAAGGUUAACUUUGAUACUCUCUGUGGCAUCAUGAAAUUUGUUGAGCUCGAUGAGUCUCGCAAUCUACGUCGUCUCGCGCUCGUCAACUGCGGACUCUCAGGUGAAAUGGCCACCGGAAUUCUUUGCCGACUUGGUGCAGGUCGAGACAUGCAUUUACUAUUGAGCGAGAAUCCACUGGAGCUCGGCUCAACUGACUGGAUCGAUUUGAUCCAUGGGAACGAAGCGCCUAGAAUGCUUCACCUUGAUAUGGUCGAGUUUCAGCACGAAUCUAAUUUUAAUCGGCUACUAAAAGCACUUGUUCAUAAUAAGACGAUCGAAUUCUUGAGUAUGGUGGGAACUGCACCACCAGAUCGCGCAAGCUCUAAAACGUCAGAGCUACUUUCUCUUUUCUUUGAGCUAAACGAUACAUUGCGCUAUCUAGAUCUAUCUGGGUAUAGUGGCAAGCUGGAAGAUGCUCACCUGGGUUGGGGACUAACCGGAGCGUUGGGCGGAUUAACCAAAAAUACCACACUACGCCAGCUUCGCGUUCGGAACCACGAUAUAGGCACGGCUGAGGAUCUAAGCGAACUAUGCCGCGUUCUUGCUUCGAACAAAGGACUCACCAUGUUCGAUUGCCAGCAAAAUAGUUUCAACCACCAUCAAUUUGCGAAGCUAGUCCAUGCGCUCAGCUUCAAUCAACAAAUCAUAUCAUUUCCAUUUUCCGAUGCUGACAGGCAAUAUGCAGUCCAAAAAGAAAGGAACAUGUUCCUUCGACAGCAAGCUCAGCCUAGUAAAUCGUUUCAAGCCAAAAUGCUGAAAUCGGCCGAGGGCCGUCUGGAUGGGCUGUUGAAAUGGGUAGAAGAGUUCUGGAACUCCGAAGCUAAGAAGGCUCGUGAGAUCUUAGAGAGGAAUCGAUUGAAUCCUACCAACAAGUCAUUCGAACUCGAAAGUCAAUUUGUUGAAGCCUGGGAGGAUGAUACUCUUCCUUCGUGGUUCUAUCCGAUCUCCAAGAAUCGUGAUAAGAGAAAAGAAACAUCUCAUGCGACGUGAUGGAUCGAAUGAGGAACAUCUUUCAAACAAACUGCAUAAACAUACGCGCUGGCUUUAGCGCCGCGAUCAGUCUUCAAACUGCUGAUAUGACAUCUGU